CCCAUACCACUCUCGCCCUCUUUAUCCUUUUUCUUUUGGUUAAUCUUCUCUAUUUCUAUCUCUAGAUUUUUUGGGCUGGGGCCCCUUCAGGACAGCGCCACUGAAGACAACCGCAAAGUCCUUACUCCUUAGUAUCAUUAAAUCUUAAGAAACCCGCAAACACUCUUAGGGCAAGGCCUCACCCCAGUUCUAAUCCCCUCUCCUCUCCAAAACCCUUUCUGGCUUCCACUGUUACAGCUUCCUUCCUCUCUUUCUCCGUUGUUAUUUUUCUUUUAUCCAGGAAAAGAUGGCCAAGGACUCGGACUCGGACGAUUGUGAGCACCGUUUGCUCCCUCAGUUCUUGACUGACGACGACGACGAACUCUUCGCUGACUUGAAGACCAGCAGCAAGAAGAAUGAUGCCAGAAACACCGCCAAGAGUUGCUUCGGGAUGGAUUCUUGGCAUGAGUUCGGAUAUGGGCUUGGUCCCUUUGGGUCUCAAUCGGGUCUAAGUUCACCCCUUGAAGGCUCAACCGAGACCGAAAGUGACGAUGACGACUGCGUUACUGGUCUAACGCAACGACUGGCUCAUUCCACUUUCGAAGACUCUGCUUUAACCUACGAAACCAACAAACUGGGAUGGGGUCUGUCUAGUUCACCUCAGUCGACACUCUGCAGUGCUUUGUGUGGUGGAUGCGGCUGCUAUCACGGCUCCAGCCGUGGCAGCCCAAACUGUCCCUCGAAGGCAGCUUCGCCGCCGGGGAUCAACAAAACCGACGCGGCCUGGGAUCUGCUAUUACAUGCGGCUGCAGGGGAGGUUGCUCGCAUGAGAGUGAUGGAGGGGGCUGGUGGAUUUUACCCCAACAAGAAUGGUGGACUAGUUGGGCCUCCCACAAAGCGUAGCACCAUCUCUGUACCUCAGAGAAUCCCUAGCCCAAGUCUUGGUUUUCGGCCUGACCACCAGACCCAUCUUUCUCAUCAGCAGCAUUUAAAAGUCGCCCAAUUUGAGCAGCUGAGGCAGCAACAGAUGAUGAGGCAGCAGCAGCAGCAGGAGGCGAUGGGUGUAUGGGGUCAGGCGAAGUUUCAGUUUAGCCAGACCCAACAAAUGAUGUUGAAUAGUGGGAGGAGUGGAGGGAAGAAGCCUAAUCUUUCAAUGGCUGCUUGGCCUACUCUGGAACAACAAUCCCAGCGCCCGCUGCAGCAUCCCGGUUCGGGCAUGAGGGCUGUAUUUCUGGGAAACCCCAAUAUUAAAAGGGAAUGUGCUGGAACUGGUGUUUUCUUGCCCAGAAGAUUCGGAACCCCAGCUGUAAGCCGCAAGAAGUCAGGAUGUUCGACGGUUUUACUGCCGGACAGAGUGGUCCAAACCUUGAAUUUGAAUUUGAAUUUGAACAAGGAGGGUGUGGAUGUUCCGGCUCAGCCCGCAUAUAAUGCGGGUCGGGCCUCUGAUUACGAUGCGGGAGCUUUGAGAUAUAGAAAUAGUAGUAGUAGUAGUAGUGUGGGGGGGAUGGGUCAUCAACAACAGAGGGGCGGAUUGAGACAGCAGGCGGCAGUGAUGAACCAAGUCCCAGAGCUCAGACUUCCUCAGGAGUGGUCUUACUGAUAGGAAUUUCAGAACCAUUGCAAUUCAUGGCAUUUUUAUGGGAAAAACGGGGAUAUGUUUUGUUUUGUUUUGUUAGUUGUUAGUGUGGGAUGGGAUAGGGGGGUGAUUUUAGGAUAGGAGAGGAAAAUACUUUGAAAGAAAGGAGAAAAAAGAUGAAGGUGAUGAUUAUUUAUGAUAUACUACUUACUACUAUUAUUUUGGG